AUGGAUGCUCACUCGGUUACCUACAGAGGCGCUUCACCUUGUGCUGGCUUCUCUGGCCUCCGUUGUGCCGAUGUCCUCCUUGAACAUGGCUUCCAAGUCACAAUACUAGAAGGACGAAACCGAAUAGGUGGUCGAGUACACCAGGAAAAGCUACCUAAUGGCCAACUCGUCGAUAUGGGCCCCAACUGGAUCCACGGAACCGAUGAUAACCCUAUUCACGAUAUCGCAAAGGAGACGGGCACGGAAACGGGCAACGAGCGCUACUCAACUUUGAUGUGGGAUAUCAUUCAAGACGCCUUCCUACACUCGAAUACAAGUGGUGAUGAAACGGACCCUAGCAAAAGUUUGCUGGACUUCUUCAAGUCUGAAGUCAUCAAGCGGGUACCGGAAACGGAAGAAGGUUACGAGAGGUCCCGCGGCCUCAUUCUCCAAGUAGCUGAGAUGUGGGGCGCCUUUGUAGGGAAUGCUGUCGAAACGCAGAGGAACCUGUUCUGCGCCAGCACAUACCACAAGAUCUUGGAACAUGUUGCCAAGCCGGCUCUCGAUAAAGCCGACAUCCAAUUUGGUACGAUUGUGAGCCACAUACGAACUCGAGAUGGCCCUGGAGGCAAAGUUAUGGUAGGCACAAAGCAAGGGAGGGCCUUCGAAUUCGAUGAUGUUGUCGUGACGGCGCCCCUUGGCUGGCUAAAAAGAAACCUCGACGCAUUUGAACCAGCCUUGCCGCCUCGUAUGACCCAAGCCAUCAACUCUCUUGGUUUCGGUUGCUUAGAAAAGGUACGGUAA